UCUGUUUUUGAGAGCGAGCGAUCGCGAGUGAGGAUGUAAACUUCGUUUUCCUUGGCCAUUUUUUCUGUAAUUGAGUGACUAUUUCGAUCAUGUCUAGUCGAAUCACGCAGCAAUGGGCGACCUUUUCUCGCUUGUGGUACCUCAUUGAUGCGUAUAGGCAGCCUCCUGGAAGGGUAGCAGUGGCCAUCUCUAAAGUUCUCCAGGGCAAACACAAGCCAAUAUACCAUCCGCUUAGUGAUGUUGGAGAUCAUGUAGUGGUGAUAAAUGCAAGUCAAGUGGCAUAUUCCAAGGAUAAAUGGGAGGAGAAAAUUUACUAUCAUCAUACAGGAUAUCCUGGGGGCUUCAGUGCUACACCUGCCCAAGAACUGCAUAAAAAGGAUCCGACCAAGGUUAUAAAGAAAGCUGUAUACGGCAUGCUUCCCAAAGACCUAAGAAGACGAGAGAUGAUGAGAAGGCUUCAUCUGUAUGCUGAUGAUGACGUACCGGAGGACAUUAUUGCCAAUAUCAGUGAGCAAAUCAAACCCAGCAGAGAACUCCCCAAAGCUCUCACGGAAUACACGCAGGAAGAACGGGACAGUUUCCCGAGGUUAUGGCUACCGCAAGAACCAAAGUUCUGACAAGACAAUCCAACCUUUACUUGAGCCAGGGCUGCCAAGAGACUCUAUUUAAGAACUCCUGAGAAGCACCAUGUAUCACCAUGAUUGUUAGGCAAGAUGGAAUGCUAUUGCAAAAGCUACUAGUACUUCUUACAAGACACACGUGUGCUGUCUGUUCUAAGCCACUGGGAGCAGAACGAUAGCAAUGGUGAGAUCAAACUUCCUUGAAGAAACAUCCUUUUGUAUCGCAGCCAUCAUUCAGCAUUCUCGAACGCAACUGUGGAAGCUGCUUUUUGAAGGCAGUGUGCUUUUCCUGUGUUAGCCAAUGGAAGGAGAACAGUCGUUAUGGUGAAAUCGAACUUCAUGGAAGUUAAUCAGGAUCAGGUGAGGGUUUCAUAAACCAAAUAGUCAAUGAUUUUCACUGACCUAUAUUAUAAGCUAUCAAAAUCCUAGCAUCUGAUUGGCUUAGAGCAAAUUGGUCUUUGAAAAUCACUGAAUUUCUGUUUCUGAAACACUCCUGUUUCCUGCUGGAUGGAGGUGUAGCCUGUACAAGGCCUAAAGGAAAUGCAUUCAGAAGUCAGAGGGAACUACAUGUUUGUGCAGAAGUCAGGAGUUCAGUGGAUGAUCUGGAGAACCAUUGAAUUGUUGAUCAAGGAAUCGUUUGGUGAUUGCAAUUUUGAGCAUCUUUGGAUGAAGUCCCAACAGGGGAGCAUUUCGAUUCAAUACUUAUUUGUCCGACAAGACAAGUUGUCAGAUCUGACAACUUUCCUUGAUUUUCAUUGACUGAGAAACACUGUUUCUAUGGUUAUUGUCGGAUAACACAGAUUUUGUCUGAUGGAUGAAGACCUUUCAUGAAACGCUCCCCAGAAUGUUCAUUUUGAACGCACCCAUUUUCAGCUUCAACACCUCAUCUUCCAAUGUAUUUGUACACCAACAAACGAUGCUGAGCCUUGUAGCUGAGCGUUGUCAUGCCAUGUCUGAACUAACCUCCCUAUCCCACUAGAUUGUACACAGAAAUGAUGCAGAGCUGUGUUCUUUCCAUGUGUGAAAGAGCCUGUAUUAUGUCUUGAUAUUUUUAUUAAAUAGGAAAAGUGAGAAGUA